AUGUUACCUCGAGCAUUUAAUAGAAAAUUAAUAGCACCUUCAAACAUUAUUUCAAAAAAAUUCUCUACGUCCGUAACAAAAAUAAACCAAUUAAUUUCGAAAAAUAAUAUUUUAACGCGAAUUCAAUCACCGAAUUUAUCAAAAUUAAACCAAAUUCGAUGUUUUUCUUCAUCCUCACAAAAGUGUGAUGCAUUCUCGUCGUUGGAUACUUUUCCACGUAGACAUAAUGGUCCUUCUAGUCCAGAAAUUAAAGAAAUGCUUGAUUCCAUUGGAGUUAAAGACAUGGACGAACUGAUAUCAAAAACAAUAUCUACUAAUAUUCUCAUAAAAAAGCCACUCUCUUUAGAAGAAGGUCUUACAGAAAGUGAACUAUUGAAACGAAUAAAGAGCAUUGCUUCAAAAAACAAAAUUUAUAAAUCAUACAUAGGCAUGGGAUAUACAGAUACAAUUGUACCCCCGGUUAUAUUAAGGAAUAUUUUGGAAUCACCUGCAUGGUAUACUCAAGUAAGCGAUCCUUCUUUUCUAAUCUUGUUUGAAAUUGCAGCCAGAAAGAACUUUCGCACAAAAGAAAUGACUUUCGUCGGUUUGCAGCGAAACUUUCGACUAUGCACAAUGCAAAUGAACAACUUGGGACUUAUUGUUAUUGUGCAUGAUUUACGUCGUCGUUUAGAAUCUCUAUUAAAUUUUCAAACCAUGGUUACCGAUCUCACGGGUAUGAACAUUUCAAAUGCAUCCCUUCUCGAUGAAGGAACAGCCGCCUCGGAGGCCAUGUUUAUUACCUUUUCCGUUGGGAAACGGGAACGUUUUACAUUUUUUAUCGAUGAAAAAUGUCAUCCGCAAACUAUUGAGUGCAUCAAGACACGUGCAGAAUGCUUUAAUAUUAAUAUUAUAGUCGGAGACGCAUUGAAAUUUGAUUUUGAACCUUGUGGAAAAGAUUUAUGUGGAGUUUUGAUUCAAUAUCCCACUACAGAUGGUUCUAUACUUGAUUAUUCUUCUUUCACCAAUAAAAUUCAUUCCUUAGGUGGUAAAGUGGUUUGUGCUACUGACUUGCUGGCACUUACCAUGCUUGUUCCUCCAGGUGAAUGGGGAGCGGAUAUUGCAAUUGGAAACAGCCAACGUUUUGGUGUUCCAUUAGGAUAUGGUGGCCCACAUGCUGCAUUCUUUGCUUGUAAAGAAGAAUAUAAGCGUAAGAUACCUGGUCGUUUGAUUGGUGUAUCGCGUGAUUCGUUCGGAAAUAAAGCAUAUAGAUUAGCUUUGCAAACUAGGGAACAACAUAUCAGGAGAGAAAAGGCAACUAGCAAUAUUUGUACGUCCCAAGCAUUAUUGGCGAAUAUGGCUGCUAUGUAUUGUAUUUAUCAUGGACCUAAGGGUAUUAAAGCAAUCGCUAAUCGUGUCCAUAAUUUAACUAAAGCUCUAGAAGCUGAAAUUAAGAAAAUUGGCUAUAAGGUUAAAACGGAACAUUUCUUUGAUACAUUAAAUAUUCAUAUCGAAGGCGGUUGUGAACAAAUUUAUCAAAAAGCAUUAAAUGAACAUAUUAAUCUUCGGAAAGUUGACAAAAAUUCUAUUGGCAUUACUUUGGAUGAAACUACCACAAAGGAAGAUUUAGAAAAUCUCAUUCGAGUUUUUGCUAAUGAUUCAAGUUACAAACCUAAUUUAUCGGAAGAUUGUAAUUCUUCUAUUCCUGAUAAAUUAAUUCGUACAACACCAUUUUUACAACAUUCUGUAUUCAACUCAUAUCAUUCAGAAACAAAGAUGUUGAGAUAUAUUUAUAAUUUACAAUCUAAAGAUCUUUCGUUAGUUCAUUCUAUGAUCCCACUAGGUAGUUGUACAAUGAAACUUAAUGCUACAACGGAGAUGAUUCCAAUUACCUGGCCUGAAUUCGCUAAUAUUCAUCCCUUUGCACCAACUGAUCAAGUUGGAGGAUACAAAAUUUUGCUUAAGGAACUUGAGCAUGAUCUUGCUGAGAUUACUGGAUUCGAUGGUGUUUCGUUACAACCUAAUUCUGGUGCUCAAGGAGAAUAUACUGGACUUCGUAUAAUAAAUGCUUAUCACAAAUCUUGCGGAAAUAAACGUGAUGUUUGUCUCAUUCCUGUUUCCGCGCACGGCACAAACCCAGCCUCGGCAGCGAUGGCAGGCAUGUCAAUCGUUCAAAUUAAAUGCGAAAAAAAUGGUGAUUUGAAUAUGAAAGAUCUUGAGGAGAAAGCUAUCAAAUAUAAAGACCGUUUAGCAGUAUUCAUGGUCACUUAUCCAUCAACAUAUGGUGUAUUUGAAACGAGAGUAGUAGAAGCUUGUGAGAUUAUUCAUAAAAAUGGUGGACAAGUUUAUAUGGAUGGAGCUAAUUUAAAUGCACAGAUAGGACUAUGUAACCCAGUCACCAUUGGAGCUGAUGUUUGCCAUCUGAAUUUACACAAAACAUUUUGUAUUCCACAUGGAGGAGGAGGUCCCGGAAUGGGCCCAGUUGCAGUGAAAUCCCAUCUUGUUCCUUUCUUACCUAGUCAUCCCAUUGUCAAAACUGGAGGAGAAAAGGGUAUUGGCCCUAUAGCUUCUGCACCUUAUGGUUCUGCAGAUAUUUUGCCGAUUUCGUGGGCAUAUAUUAAAAUGAUGGGUGGAAAUGGACUUAAAUCAGCGACACAACUGGCAUUACUUAAUGCUAAUUAUAUGGCAAAUCGUUUAUCAAACCAUUAUAAAAUUUUAUUCACGAAUCAAAAUGGAAUGUGUGCGCACGAAUUUAUUAUUGAUUUAAGACCAUUUAAAGAUAGUGCAGAUAUACAAGCCAUUGAUGUCGCGAAACGUCUUCUAGAUUAUGGUUUUCAUUCUCCAACAAUGUCUUGGCCAGUUCCCAAUACCAUAAUGAUUGAACCAACAGAGUCCGAAUCAAAAGCAGAAUUAGAUCGUUUUUGUGAUGCAUUGAUUGCAAUUCGAGAAGAAAUAAGCUUGAUUGAGAAAGGUAUACAACCCAAAGGUGACAAUGUUCUAACUAAUUCUCCACAUCCAAUACAAACAUUGAUUCAAGACACAUGGGAGAAAGCUUAUACAAGAGAACAAGCUGCUUUUCCAUUGAAAUAUUUAACACAACAAAAGUUUUGGCCGAGGGUAGGAAGACUUGAUGACACUUUUGGAGAUCUACAUCUGAUGUGUUCUUGUCCUCCGAUUGAAGAUUGGAUAGAAUAA